CACCGCAGCCGCCCCUAAUAUCCCUGCCUUCUUUCUCUCUGACCGCCGCCCAUUCAGCGCAGCAGCCGUCGGUCCUCUCGCUUUCCCGUGAGGGCCGUCGGCGUCCGCUUGAAACGCGUUACACGCAUCCCAGUGCAACCGGCGCCCAUCGGCGCCGCGCGCAAACUUCCCGAGCCGGCGGGAGCGGGCGGUGGCAGCGGGGCCCGGAUGGGCGCCAGGAUCGGAGGCGGCGGCGCCCAUGGACGCUAACCGCCCGGGCGCGUUUGUGCUGAGCAGCGCGCCUUUAGCCGCGCUGCACAACAUGGCUGAGAUGAAGACGUCGCUGUUCCCCUACGCGCUGCAGGGCCCGGCGGGCUUCAAGACACCGGCCCUAGGCAGCCUUGGCGCGCAGUUGCCUCUAGGCACUCCGCACGGCAUCAGCGACAUCCUGGGACGGCCUGUGGGAGCAGCGGGUGGCGGCCUCCUGGGAAGUCUGCCCCGUCUCAACGGGCUCGCCUCGUCCGCAGGUGUCUACUUCGGGCCCGCAGCUGCGGUGGCUCGGGGCUACCCCAAGCCGCUGGCGGAACUGCCUGGGCGCCCGCCCAUCUUCUGGCCCGGGGUGGUGCAGGGCUCUCCCUGGAGGGACCCGCGCCUGGCCGGCUCGGCCCAAGCCGGCGGGGUCCUGGAUAAGGAUGGCAAGAAGAAACACUCGCGGCCGACUUUCUCUGGCCAGCAGAUCUUCGCGCUGGAGAAGACUUUCGAGCAGACCAAGUACUUGGCAGGCCCAGAGCGCGCGCGGCUUGCCUACUCUCUGGGCAUGACCGAGAGCCAGGUGAAGGUGUGGUUCCAGAAUCGGCGGACCAAGUGGCGCAAGCGGCACGCGGCAGAGAUGGCGUCGGCUAAAAAGAAGCAGGACUCGGAUGCCGAGAAGCUGAAGGUGGGUGGCUCAGACGCGGAGGAUGAUGACGAGUACAACCGGCCCCUGGACCCCAACUCCGAUGACGAGAAGAUCACGCGGCUUCUCAAAAAGCACAAACCCUCGAACUUGGCGCUUGUUAGCCCGUGUGGCGGCAGCGCGGGGGACGCCUUGUGAGGACGCGGCCAGGCCGGAGAACCCCGAGAACUGGGACUCGCGGCAUACCCCGACGCCAGCCGCCCAGCCGCAGUGUGUAUAUAUAUUUUUACAGAAUAAGUUAUAAAGCGGACGUUGGCGCGGCCUCGGCGUGAGGCGCGGAGUGCGGGGUUUGGGCCGAUCACUUUGUAUAAUCAAUAAAUUAUUUAACACGUC